AUGACGUCCAUGGCCGCCGCGAUCGCGGCUUCGCUCCCCGCGCAGGUCGCGCCGACGCCCGCCCCCGCCCCAGCUCCCGCCAAGGUGCCCGCGCGCAUGGAGGGCUUCCUUGACGUUGAGGCCGCCCGUGAGGUCGAGAGCGUCAAGCUCAACUCGCUUGCGUUCCUCAAGAUCUCCAAGCACUCGACCGACACGUUGCCCCAGCCUCCCGCGCACUCGUUCCAGCAGGACCGUCAGGCGCCGCCGCACACGGCCCUCUCGUCGCACCCCGACGCGCUGGGCAUCCUUCUGGGUCUCGACCUCGACGGCGUUAUGGAGGUUGAGGACUGCUUUGCCCUCCCCGGCGGCGAGAGCAGCCUCGGUGCCACGUCGUACUCGACGCGCCUGCUCAACCACCUCCGCGAGGUGCAGACCCCCGACUCGCCCGUCGGCGUCUACCUCUCGACCCACAACGGCGGUUUCAUCACUCGUGGAGCCGUCGACCUCCUUGUCGCCGUUGAGAAGGCCGCUGGGCGCGGCAAGGCGAUCCUCGUCAUCCACGACGCGAGCAAGGCCGCCGCGUCCGGCGACCUUAGCCUCAAGGCGUACAAGCUGAGCGAGGGCGCCCGCGUUGCCGCCAAGGAGGGCAAGUGGGACGCAAACGCGCUCCAGGAGAACAAGAUUACCGCGUCGACCAUGCUCUCCCCCCUCCCCGUCACUAUCACCAGCUCGUCGCUCGUCAGCGCCUUCCUCGCGACCCUGACCACGUCUGCGACCGAGACUCGCCCGACCCUCGCCGCCCCAGCCGUUCCCCUCCCCCCGACGUUUGCUCCCCUCGUCAACCCCCUCCCGACAUCGCUUCCCGAGAACCUCGGCAACACGCUCGACGGCCUCCAGUUGUACAGCCACGAGGCCAACAACCUGGCCUUCAUGAACCGUCAGCUGCAGCGCGAGAAGGCCAAGCACGAGAGCAUGGUCAAGGAGCGCGAGGAGGAGAAUGUGCGUCGCCGCAAGGCCGGCCAGGCCGAGCUCCCUAUCAUCAGCUCAGAGUUCCGCUCCGCCACCAAGGAGCACUCGCGGUUGGAGAUGAUGUGCCUCCAGGGCCAGGUCGACGGGCUCGCCAAGAGCAUGGGCGCCGAGGCCGGCAAGGGUCUCGUGAGGUGUUACCUGUAG